ACGCUGAUGCGGAAACGCAAUCCAUACAGCGAGAAGCAUCUCACAACAUUCGUAAGCAGUUUUCGUAUUAACUUACAAAAUGGACGUCAAGAAUAUGCAGCUUUUCUUAAUUGCUUUAGUGACUUUAUGUCUGACGUUCUUACUCCAAAAAACAAGCGCCAUUGAAUGCUUUGAAUGCAACUCGCUAUACACAGCGCAGUGCAAGGACUCGCCUGGGUCACUUAUGUCGAAUCCACAAUAUUAUAAAAACUGCUCAUCAGAAAGCUAUAGAUGUAGAAAGAUACAACAAGAGGUUGACAAGGAUGAAGUAAGAAUUAUACGCCAGUGUGCCAUAGCAAACCAUACUGAACUCGGUUGUUUCGAGAGAGCGGGUACCUACAAGAUCAAAAUGUUUUACUGUGAGUGUGAAGGCAACGGGUGUAAUUCAGCGCCGCACACGACACUUUCCAUAGCAACAGUCUUCUACUUCGCAAUAGGAUUUUUAUUGUGUAUGGUUUUAUAGAGAGAAUUUUUCAUUUUAAGCAUUAGUAAUUUUAGAACAAAAGAUGUCCCUUCUGUACAAAUGAUUUCUAUGAUGUGCGCAUGCUUCUAAAUAUAAAAGCAUAUAUGAACAUUUGCUAUACUGUAAUUCAGUAAUAUUUCGUGAGAGUUUUUAAUGUUUCUUUGGAACAAACAAAUUUAUUUGCAAGAUAUCAAACAUUAUUUCGUGUACAUAUAUCAUCUUCUGUAUACGAUUAGUUGUAAGAUCUUUUUUUUUUUAAUUUUGCGACAUAUAAUUUACUUGUCGACAGUCUUGCAAAAUCACGCAAAAAAGUUCUCGCGGAAGAAACGUGAUUUACAGUACUUAGUAUGUUUAAUUUGUGAUGCAAAUUAAACAUAAUGGAUUGAUGUUGUGUUUUGAUUCCCUCAAUAACUCACAUUUUUAUACAUUUUUAUCGUGAUCUUCCACAUUUACACACUCUUAGGUGGUCACUUAAAUUUUGAUUAACGUGAAAGAUGUGUUUAAGUUUAAAGACACUUUACCUUAAAUAAGCAUACAAUUGUAGAAGCAUUUUAUUUCAUCAAUGUAUAAAAAGAAAAAAAGACUUAGACUUUAUUUUUUUAAGAAAACAUACUAACAUGUGUUCUGUACAUUACCUUUGUUUUGCAUCAUCAGAAUUUAUUUUUGAUUCAAAUUUUAUGAGAUAAUAGUUGUUCAAUGAAAAUUUUGAUUUAUUGGUGCAUUAAACUAAAAAAAAAAAUCAGAUUUAGAAAAUUUAGGGUUUGUAGUACGUGUCUACACACGAAAUAUAUCAAAUACGCUAGUGACGCUACCCAUUGGUUCCUCACUUAGAAGGGGAAAAAACUCAACAAAACUUUAAACUAGACAAAACUUAUCAAACAAGUAAACUGUGCCUUACAAUCUCAUAUUAAUUCGAUUGCUUGAAUAAUAAAAACAAUCGCUCUAAUCUUUGACAUUCUCUAAAAAUGGUCACUUUCAUGUACGACAGAAAACCACAAGAGGUUUCCUAAUGUUUCUUUGAGUUUGUGAUUUUCAGGAUAUACGCAUUUUUACAAAGCAAUUUUGCAUUUUAAGUGUGUUUAAUUAAAUAAAAUGUAUAAUACAUGUACCAUUGUAUAAUGUAGCUCAAUUUUUUUUUCUCAGUCAUUUGUAUUUACUACGUAAAAACACUAAGAAAUCAACAAAUUGUCAUCAUUUUUUAUCAACGUUACAAGCUGCGACAGGAGACAACAAAUAAAAUUGUCACAAAACAUCA